AUGAGACACAGCUCAGACCGCCGUCGCAGCACGCCGCCACGGCCGUCGCUCGACAACGACCCCGAUGGCGUGCUCCCGGCUCCCGUCAUCGGCGGCGCAGCAAGCAGGCCGGCAGCAGCAGCGUCCAAGGAGCAGAUGAGCAAGAAGCCCGUCGCUUGGAAGGACAUGCCGCAGAAGCGCCAGCUCGCCAUCCUGACGCUGUCGCGCCUGAGCGAGCCGCUGGUGCAAACGUCGUUGCAGGCCUACAUGUUCUACCAGCUCAAGUGGUUUGACCCUACGCUGCCCGACUCCACGAUUGCCACCCAGGCCGGCAUCAUGCACGCCAGCUUCAUGGCCGCCCAGUUCGUCACGGCCCUCCUCUGGGGCCGCAUCGCCGACUCGCGCCGCGCGGGCCGCAAGACGGUGCUCCUCAUCGGCCUCGUCGGCACCAGCCUCUCCUGUCUCGGCUUUGGCUUCUCCACCACCUUUUGGCAGGCCCUUCUCUUUCGCACCCUCGGCGGUGCCACCAACGGCAACAUUGGUGUGAUGCGAACAAUGAUCAGUGAGAUUGUCCGGGAGAAGAAAUACCAGCCCCGCGCCUUCAUGCUCCUCCCCAUGACCUUCAACGUCGGCGUCAUCAUCGGCCCCAUCCUCGGCGGGUUGCUCUCCGACCCGGCCGGCAGCUACCCGGCGCUGUUUGGCCGCGUGCGCUUCUUCCGCGCGUACCCCUACGCGACGCCCAACAUGGUCAGCGCCGCCUUCCUGGCAGCCGCCGCCCUCGCCGUCUGGCUCGGCAUCGAGGAGACGCUCGACGCCCUGCGCGACGCGCCCAACCUCGGCCUGCGCGUCGGCCAGCGCCUGGCCGUCCUCCUCCAGCGGCUCAUCUCCAGGCUGCGCGGGAAGAAGAGCACGGAUCAUCACCGUGGCGAGUACGCGGCGCUCUCGACGCAUGACGUCGAGCUCUCGGGCGCGUCCGACACGGAAGCCGGCGGCGUGUCUUCGUCCGCCUCGUCCCUGCGAGGCGGCGGCGGCGGCGGCGGCGGCAACACGGGAGCGAAGCCACGCCGGCGCGGCGCACGCUAUACCCAGCGCCUGCCCUUUCGCCAGAUCUUCACCCGCAACGUCGUCUUGACCUUUUUCGCGCAAUUCUUCCUGACGUUCCACGUCGGCACCUUUAACGCGCUGUGGUUCGUCUUCCUCUCCACGCCCGUCUACGACCCGUCCUCCGCCAAGACCACGCCGCGCAUGCCCUUCCGCUUCACCGGCGGCCUGGGCCUGCCCCCGCAGCGCGUCGGCAUGGCCAUGGCCAUCCUCGGCGUCAUCGGCAUCCUCAUGCAGCUGUUCCUGUACCCGACGCUGUCCGCGCGCCUCGGCACCCUGCGCUCCUGGCGGCUCUCCCUGCUGUGCUUCCCGCUCGCCUACUUUCUCGUGCCGUACCUCGCCGUGGUGCCGAGCAGCGUGGUGCCGCCGGCCGCCAAGGCGGGGGCGGCCGUGUGGCUGGCCAUCUGCGGCGUGCUGUUCGUGCAGGUGGUCGGGCGGACGUUUGCGCUGCCAAGCAUGGCCAUCCUCGUCAACAACGGCUCGCCGCACCCGAGCGUGCUGGGCACGGUACACGGGCUGGGCCAGAGCGUCAGCAGCGCGGCGCGCACGAUUGGGCCCAUGAUUGGCGGCGCCGUGUACGGUUUCGGCCUGAACCGCGGCUAUGUGGGCUUGGUGUGGUGGUCGCUGAGCGGCAUAUCUAUUUGCGCGUGCCUGGCGAGCUUGCUGGUCAAGGAGGGUGAUGGCCACGAAGUUUGGCUAGAGGGUGACGAUGAAGACGAAUAG